AUGAAGCUGCUGGAUCAAAUUAAUCUUGAAGGUCUUAGUUCACAGCUGAGCAACGGUAGUAAGCGAUAUAAAAUUGAUGCAAGACUGGAGAGCUACUCAUGCAAAAUGGUUUCUGAGGAGAAACGACAGUUUAAGGAAUUAGUCUCUCGCCUAAAUAAUUCUGAGAGUUGUAAACAUCCUGUUCUUCACCUUGGUUCAUCACAAACUCUACGGGACUUAUAUGAAUUGACUGGACAAGUGGUCGAUCCCCAAACGUUCCAAAUGAGCUUUGUUCAAGACCAGGCAUCAACGUGGGCACUAUUAAUAAGGUUAAUUGAUCAUUUUCAACUUAUCGAUUAA